AUGGAUGAAAUAAGUGAAAAUGUGCCAAUUGAAGACAAUUUAGUUGCGCAGCAACAAACUCUUUUGUGGAAUGAUGAUUAUUUUUUGAGUAUAGCACCCGGUGAAUAUAACAGGCCAAUCAGUAUUUUAAUGGAUGAACAUGCGGAAGAACUAUCUUUUCCGACAAUCUACGGCGGUCAGUUUCGAACAUACAGAGAUGGUGUUAUUGUUACUCCAUUCAUGCAAGCUACCAGCGAACUUCGGCGUACUGAUAGGCGUGCUACUUACCCACAAGACCUUAGACAUAAAAGAGUUGAGUUAGUAAAUGUGUCAACGUUGCGUUUAAGCAUGUUGGACAAGCAUAAUAGAGGGAUUAGUAAUUUGCAAGGACAAAUAAUUGACAUAAUGGACGAGCAUCCAGAAUUCGACAUUGUCGAUAUCACGAAAAAAAUGAGUAUUGACAUACUUCAGUCUGUUGAAAUGCCGGCACAAGAAGCUGCUUGGUAUUUAUUAAGAGAACCUAUGGCUAAGUCAUCGGUGGUGUCAGUCUACAUUCCAACGGUAUUUCCUACUGAACGCGCUAGAAUUAGAAAAUCUAUAAAGGAGAUUUAA